UCUUCAUCGGCAUGUUCGUGCUAUGCUCCUUUAUCACUCUGGGGUUUCUGGUCAUGACUUAUUCACGCAUCAGCAGAGCCAGAAGUUUGCUGCCACAGAGAAUGAAAAUGGUCGACACUGUCAAGGCGACUUGUACUUUGGACCGGUUCUCCAAAUCAGUGAUGACCUCCCUAAUCAUCUUCGUCCAGUCCUUCUUCUGUUCCACCCCUCUGGCCGUGUACAGAGUAUUCGCUGGCAGACACAUCAUAGAGAACAGAUACUUCUACUCUCUCUGUCUUGUACAGCUGUUCUUCAUGCAGGCUGCCAUUUUCCCAGUAUUGGUUGCAUACAGAAGUCGUGCAUUCCGAAUGGGCUUCCGACAGCUAUUCUGUGCGGUGGUCAGCACCCCUCUCAAUAACGACGCCAUUCUAGAGGAACUCUACGAUUCUUCGCCGCGACUUAUACCCUACAGCAAAGGAGGAAUGAUGGGAGACGCCGCCGUUAAAAACGUCUCCAACCCCCCUCGAAAGGAGACAGAUUCGCGUCCGGGAGAGGAAUCAACAACAACAACACCGCAGCAGCAGCAAAAUGGGCAUUGUUUAUCAUUCGAUCGAGGGGACGUAGGCGGGCUAGAGACGGGGCAAAUUGGCGGUGGUGGUGGUAGAAAGACUCCCUUGCAUCCGCCACCGCACAAAAACAGCAACAGCACUGUCGGACUGCGGGAUACACAGAUCAAAAGAAACCCCGAAAUGGAUCACUUCAAAUCAAACAUCAACCUCCGACGAACCGACAUCCUCAGCGACGACGACGAGGAAGACGAAGGAGUCGGCUCAGGAAUCGGCACGAGUUACUCAGACGAGAAAGUAUUCGUUGAAAUAACCGAAAACGAAGUCAAAAUCCAUCAUCACACUCGGCGACUUAGCGGGGACCGCCUGGCGGGUGAUAACGUCAGUAGCGCCACGUCCAUAACUCGCAAUUCAGUCAACAAUUGUAGUCCAGACAGCGGAGCGAGUGGGAGAGCUACCAGUCCUCAUGAUUACACCGCAGGAGCUCAUAAUUCUAGCAUGAAAGAUGAUAGCAGCAUAUCUAGAACCCUUUCGGACAUUCAUUCAAAAGAAACUUAUAUUUGACGCUACAACUUCACUUUUAUACUCGAUGUAAUUGUAGUACAUGAAUACAAACGUCAAU